UGCUUUCAAUAAGGACAGUUGUUGUUAAUGUAGGGCAGAUAAAGUCAGGUUGGAAAAUGACUCACACUCUGCACUGUGGUGCUGAACUAGUUAGCCCAGGAAAUUGGUACGAGGAAAUUAACAACUUUAUAUAUUCUCUAUUAUUUCAUCUGCUGCUGACCUGCUGUCUACUGCAAAUAUGAAUGAGGAAUUAAAAAAGCCAUGAUGAAGUGUUUAGAGAAUUCUGGUAAUUCCAUUAAGCAUUAGAAGCAUUAGAUUGCACAGAAUUUCAUGCUCAUACCUGGGAACGGUAGCUCUUAAGGGUUUGAGAGAAAAUGAAUUCUCUCUGCUGUUCUGAUUUCACUUCUAUUUUUGUAAUUCUCUUCCCACUCUGUACAACGCUGAUGAGUAUGUUAGUUCCCUUUAAAUAAAGUUAAUUGUAGGAUUUCAUUGUAUCAGAGAGCUCUAGUCUUAUGAAGGUUCAGCAGAUGCACUGAAGGGAAAAGGAAGAAUUUGCAUUAAAAUUAAAGGAAUCCCUGUAAGUGCUGUGGAUCACACUGUCAUUGGGGGUUUAAGAUGAGAAAAGCGAACUGGCACUCAAUGAGUUAGUGCAUUUGAAGGCUCCCUCUUAGGGUGUGCAGAAUGAAUUGCAGGCUGUGUGAGAUGCUCAGGAUACCAAAUCAGAUACAAGGAAGGCUACUCUACUGAACUCAGCUCUCUCCGGCUGUCAGGACCACUAAGGAACUGCACAGGAGCUCCACUGGGGACACAAGGUCCAACAUGUGGUUAGUUCAAAUGGUAUCUCCCUGGAAGAAUGUAAAACCUGCCCUAUGCCUCUUGGAUUAAUUAUAAGAAAACAUCAACACAGUGCUUUGCUUGAAACUGCCCAUCACAGCAAGAAUCUCCAAGUUGUUCAUAUAUGUACUCUGAUGUAAAAGGGAAAUUCCUAAUCUUGCAGGAACAUUUUCUGAUCUCAUCUUCAGACUGAAAACACAAAGUGAUUUAAUGUCUGGAUCUUCUUUAGAAUAACAUUGUAUCUUUGAAUCUUCAAGCUGACACCAAGAGGGACAAUGGAGGGUGUUAUAUUUGUAUGAAGGCAAAGAACUUGAAAAAAAAAUAACCUUUUCCUCCUAUUGUGCACUGAGGUGACACUCACAUUCUGCCUGAUUUUGGAAGUCACAUAACUCCUGUAAUAUAUUGUUAGAUGGAAUCUCUUUCUUUCUGAACAUUCCUUGGUUGGUGGACUAUAGCUCUUCCAUUUGGUGAAUCUUACUGAAGUUAGGAAAUUCUGAUUUGACAAGAUGAUGAUGAAUGAGAACUCAGACUUGGCAUCACCUUCCUCACUCGGGGCUGUCACAGCCACGUGUGUGUCCAAGGUUGAGCUUCGUGUAUGCUGCAAGCAUCUGCUGGACAGGGACACACUCAAUAAAUCUGACCCAUGUGUGGUACUUCUAAUGCAGUCCCAGGGUCAGUGGAUGGAGGUGGACAGGUCAGAGGUAAUAAAGAGCAACUUGAACCCUGUCUUUUCUAAGGUCUUCACAGUGGAUUAUUAUUUUGAAGAAGUGCAGAAACUGCGAUUUGAAGUAUAUGAUAUUCAUGGCCACUGCAGUAUUGGAUCAAGAGAUGAUGACUUCCUGGGGGGAGUUGAAAUUACAUUGGGGCAGAUUGUUGCACAAAAGAAGAUUACCAAAGGGUUGUUUUUAAAAUAUGGAAAGUAUGCAGGAAAAUCAACUAUAACGGUGAUGUCCGAAGAGAUCUCAGGAAACAAUGGAUAUGUGGAGCUUUCGUUCUGUGCAAAGAAACUGGAUGACAAGGAUCUCUUUAGCAAAUCAGAUCCAUUCCUGGAAAUCUAUAGGAUUAAUGAUGAUCAAAGUGAGCAGCUUGUGUACAGGACAGAGGUCAUUAAAAACAAUUUGAACCCUGUGUGGGAGUCAUUUAAGGUGUCGCUAAGUUCUCUUUGCUGCUGUGAAGAAAAGAGGAAGCUCAGGUGCCUGGUCUGGGAUUAUGACUCCCGUGGAAAACAUGAUUUUAUUGGAGAGUUUUAUGCAACCUUUGAAGAAAUGCAAAAAGCAAUUGGAGGAAAUAAGGUACAGUGGGACUGCGUGAACCCCAAGUACAAAGUGAAGAAGAGAAACUACAAAAACUCUGGAAUAGUUAUACUGACUGAUUUGAAGAUACACAGAGUUUAUUCUUUCCUUGACUAUAUCAUGGGCGGCUGCCAGAUCCACUUUACUGUGGCUAUAGAUUUCACAGCGUCCAAUGGAGAUCCUCGGAACAGCUGCUCUCUCCACUAUAUCAACCCUUAUCAGCCUAACGAAUAUCUAAAGGCUUUGGUCGCAGUGGGAGAGAUCUGCCAAGACUAUGACAGUGAUAAGAGAUUUUCAGCUCUGGGAUUUGGAGCUCGGAUUCCUCCAAAUUAUGAGGUGUCACAUGAUUUUGCUAUUAACUUCAAUCCAGAUGAUGAUGAAUGUGAAGGUAUUCAAGGUAUUGUGGAAUCCUAUCAGAACUGCUUACCUAAAAUUCAGCUCUAUGGACCUACAAAUGUGGCACCUAUCAUCUCCAGGGUGGCAAGAUUUGCUGCUGAAGAAGAAAGAACAAAAGAGGCUUCUAAAUAUUACAUUCUACUUAUUCUUACGGAUGGAGUGGUAACCGACAUGGCAGAUACCCGUGAGGCCAUUGUGCGUGCUUCCUACCUGCCCAUGUCCAUCAUCAUCGUGGGUGUCGGCAAUGCAGAUUUCACAGACAUGCAAAUUCUCGAUGGGGAUGAUGGGGUCCUGAGAGCCCCCAAGGGGGAACCAGUGCUUCAUGAUAUUGUACAGUUUGUACCAUUUAGAGAAUUCAAGAAUGCCUCUCCUGCUGCUUUGGCUAAAUGUGUUUUGGCUGAGGUGCCCAAACAAGUUGUGGAGUAUUACAGCUACAAAGCCUUCCCCCCUCGCUGCCCAAAAGUGGAAUCUCCAGACUCUGCUCUCAACUCCCCUCAAUGAACCCUGUUUCUCGUCUCCAUUCUCUCCCCUGCAUACACUAUUCUGAUCCUUCACUAGUCCAAUGGGACAAUGGAUUAGAUGCAGCACACUAUGCGCCAAUCAUCUCUCAAUGCCAUCUCAUGGCCAAGCAUGCGAACACAGAUGCCCAGCUGCAUAUGCGCCAGAUUCACUGCUCAGAUACUUGCCACAAGCUCUUUCAUCAUUAGCUGCUAUGAUGAGGAUCUCUCACAUGUAGGAGAGUUUCUGUCUCUUCAUCACUUUAGGGGUGAAGACUUUCAGCACAUAAACAGUUGACACAUUCACUCCAUGAGAAUAUGUAUAACGGACAUACUGACUAGUGUUUAAAAGAAUGAUUGUAUGGAAGAGCCCCAUUUGUGCCAGCUUUAAAAUGAACUCAGAAUUACCUGUUGCUUACCAGUCUGGAGGAAAGUCAGUAAAAAAAGCAGUUCUAAAUCAGAAUCCAACUUCUGGAACCAAUUUUAGGCACAAGAGACGCAAAUACUCACCUUGAGGUACAAUGGACUUUGAUCAUAACCCUCAAGACUUCUGAGAGUCUGAAUGUAUAAUUCUAGGUCCUUUUAGAAAACUCUGGAAGGGGAAGGCACGAGGGUGGCUUGGGUGGUUCCUAAAAUCCAGGAAGUCCUUCUCUUUAAGGGGGACAUCCUACAUUUAACUGAUGAGAACUCUGGUGAGAUUUAGUAAAGUGGAAAUAACGUGAUUCUGGGAGGAUGGAAACUUGCUUGUGUUUGGAUUUUAGUGGUCGCUUCUUUUCUGCUUUUCUGCAAGAGCUUGUUCAAAAUCAUUCACUAGAUAGUACACACUGGAUAUAUAUACAUUUAUUUUAUUUAAUGGGUUUAUGCAUUUGCUUACUAAACACACUCCUAUAACAAUGUAACAGUGUUGCGCAGUCUAUACAGAAUCAUAAAAUCUAUUAACUGGCGAGGUUUCACAAUCCCAAACCUGUGUUGGGUUCUGCCCCAGAUACUUUGGAUUGUCGCUAUUUUUUUUAUCAGAAUAGAACUUGCCAUAAGACUUCCACAUAGACAUUUUACAGAGACAUUGCAUCACUCAUAGUGGUCAAAAAAGGUUUUAUUAGAAUGCCUCUGCCACUUCGAGCAGUUUCUAUUCAUAAUCAUAAAUACAAGAAUGCAAAGGAAGACAGUUGUGUGCAUAGAAUGAUCCAUGUAUGAGAUGUUUGAGAUCAGAAUGCUUCAUUUUUUUAAUAAUGUGGUAACAUUUGAAUGAACUUUUACUUCCAUCUGAGGAAGCGAGUAUUUAUGGUUCUGCAUGCCCACUUGCCUGUGCAACCUUUACUUAAGCACCUGCAACCCUGGAACCCAUCAACUUUAGUUUACGAUGGGGUUAAAAAUUUUUUAGCAGAAUCAGUUUUUAAGGCUAACAUUCAGAUCAAAAACACCCAUUCAAGAAAAUGGAAAAACAAUUUACAAUUUAGAAAUUAGCAAUAUGGUACAUUUAUCUCCAUUUAGGCCAGGGGCGGAAUGAAGAUAGCAGACUGUUAAAUGGCCUAAGGGUACUAAGGACUAUGUCUGGUGUAUAAUUUCUACAUAUGUCUAGAAAUAAAUAAUUUUCCUUAAGGUUUGGCAGAUGAAAUCGACGUGGGGCACAGCAACUACAUCUGUUAAAAAGAAUUAAACAAAAGGUUUUUAGAGACAGGAAUCACCUUAAAAAGGCUAAUUCUGUAUUUGUGGGCAUUUUGCACUGAAUAAAGUAACAUAUCUGUGUGCAAAACCCUCUGCUGUCUUAUUGCCCUGAUAUUUCCAAAGGUUAAUUUUAAUGACUACAUUCUGUUUAUAUUGACUUCAAUGUCUUCAUGUCAUGUUCUGCCUGUGACCCUGGCUUGCUGAUUCUAUAUAUUAUGUAGCUACUUAUUCAUAUGUUGCACAGAGUUUAGGCACACACACUGAGGUUUCCUUUUAUGGUGUAUCUCAGUGGCAUGUGGAAAUCUAAUAUAAUAGCCUUUGUUGGUCUGUAUGUUUUGCGACUCUUUGUGUCACUAGCUUUAAAUUGGGUAGGGUUGCAGUCAGAGCAGUACAACAUUCCAAGUUACAGAAUCAACUACAACAGACACGGAAUUAAAAUAUAUUUGUAAUGUGCCGCUAUGAAAGUGUCAUGAAGUGCAACGCCUUCUUAUACCUCUGGCAUUUGUAAUUUAGUUACUUAAACAGAAAAUAUCUGAAUACUGACAAAUGAUAGCAACUAACUGGUAUUUUUCUAAGGUUAACAGGGUUUGUUUUGCAGAUAUUUUCCUGUGCUGAAGGGUUAAAGAAAGGGGUGAAUUUGAAUGGCCAGUCUUUUCUCCUUUUGUACUAACCUGCUGUUUCAUGUUUAGUGCAUGUACCACAUUCUAAAAUACCCUAUCUAUUGUGCAACAAAUAGAGAAGGCCAGAUGUGUAACACUAUUGUGUGGUUUGAUGCUUCUGUAAGGUAUGCAUGCUACUUGUAUAUGUUUCAGGAAAAAGAUGUCUCCAAUAAAGUGAAUUCUUUUCUUGCUCGA